CACCUUCCUCUUUUCCUGCUUGUGUCAUUCAGAUCAUGAGACUUCUGCUUUCACCACAAACCAAAGUCCUAAAUAAGUUCCUAGGGAUGAGGUCUUUUCAUCCUGAGGUGUUGCUGCUCUUCAGUCUGAUCAGCCUCGUUUCUGGGCUGCAGUUUGCAACUUCAUCUUUCUCCCAGGUGCCUUUCCUCUCUGUGUGGAACGCCCCGACUGCCAGCUGCCUCUCUCAGUAUGGCGUCAAUCUUGACCUGGGGACAUUCAGCAUCGUCCAGAACCAGAACCAAACCUUUAUGGGUGAGAACAUAACCAUCUUCUAUGCUGAAAAGCUUGGUCUGUACCCGAGGUACUCCAGCCAGGGGCAGGCAGUUAACGGCGGGGUGCCACAGAACAGCAGCCUGGGUGGACACCUCAGAGCUGCCGCUGAAGACAUCCACACCUGUAUCCCUGACAGGGGUUUCCAGGGCCUGGCUGUGGUGGACUGGGAGAGCUGGAGACCUGUGUGGGAGAGAAACUGGGACAGUAAGCAGGUGUACUGGGAGGGGUCGAGGGCAUUGGUGAGGUCCCAGCAUCCGGACUGGAGCCCCGCACAGGUAGACGCUGUGGCACAUAAGGAGUUUGAAGAAGCCGGGAGAAAUUUCAUGGAGGAAACUUUGAAACUGGGGCAGCAGGAAAGGCCGAAUGGUUUGUGGGGUUUUUACGGUUUCCCCAACUGCUACAACUACUACAGUGGCAAAAGCACUAACUACACAGGGGAGUGUCCACCUGUAGAGGUAAAGAGGAACGACAGGCUUUUCUGGCUGUGGAGCGCCUCCUCUGCUCUGUAUCCUGACAUCUACCUGAGCCAGGAGCUGCGAGGCCUCAGCAGAGAAGUUCUGCUCUACACUCACCAUCGCAUCCUGGAGGCCAUGAGAGCAGGAGCUCAGGUGACUCCAUCAGCACCACCUGUGUUCCCCUACGCUCGCAUUGUCUACACCUACACGUUAGACUUCCUCUCCCAGGAGCACCUGGUCUACACGAUCGGAGAGAGUGCUGCCUUAGGAUCUGCAGGGGUGGUGCUGUGGGGCGACCACCUCUUGUCCAAAACUCAGGCUACCUGCGAAGCUGUCAAGUCUUACAUCGAUGAGUCUCUGGGUCCUUACCUGGUUAACGUAACAUCGGCCGCUGUGCUUUGCAGUCAGACACUUUGUUCCUCCAAGGGAAGGUGCCAAAGGAGGAACCCGAACUCAAGGGCCUACCUUCACCUCGACCCUGCUGCGUGGAAGAUAGUGUCUGAGAAGACACCAUUAGGAGGGAAGAACUACAGAGUUUUAGGACAGAUGUGGACGCAGAACGUAAAGCUGAUGAAGUUUGACUUUGAGUGCAAGUGUUAUCCUGGCUGGGGUGGUGAGAGCUGCUCCAAGCCAAGUCAGGGAUGAGACUGUUCUUGGAGGAGGUUUAUGACCAGCAGGUGGUGUUAUGGGACAGCUAACAUAAAAGAAAGACACCAAACAUCAAGGUCGGAGCUGUGGUUGCUAGUAACCACCGCAGCAAGAGUCAAAUAACUGUAGUGGAAAAAACACAUUUGACUCAGUGUGUGAGAUUUUAAUGAGUUUAUACCCAAACUCUGCAGCAGCUGGAGUGUCAGCGAUGAAUUAAAGUCACUGUAAUUGAGAGCCAAACAGAGCAAAGACAGGAUAAGGUGACCUUGAUUGAUUUACGUGUAGCGUGUACAAUGCUGUCUUAUCUGAUAGCCACCCCAGCUUCAAACUGGUGCCAUUGAUAGUAAUUUCCCUCCUCUGUCCCCUGAGGCUCAGCAGACUGGAAGAACAGUUUCCCACAAGGCCCUGCUGUUUCCUGCUUCCUGCUUUAUCAUAACUGGCUGGAUUGUAAGGAAAUGAGGAGGAGAUAGAUGUUUGUUUUUUUGAAAAACGGAGGCAAGACAUCUGCAGCCUGUGCUUUUUUAAAAAUAAAUGUGGGUUUUUGCAGGUUA